UUUACUGUCAGUUUGAUAAAAACAUGAAGAUGGGAUCCUGCACAUUGGUUCUGAUCAUGUUUUUAGGUGCCCUCUGUGUUGCACAGGCACUGAGGUGCAACUACUGCCAGAAGAUUGACAGAGACAAUCCCACCUGUGAUGAGCUAAAGGAGAAAGAAUGCAGCAGUGGUUCUGACAAUUGCAUUACAAUCAGAUUGAAUCAUCCAGCCUACGGUGAGGUGCGCAGAUGUGCCCAAACUAAUGAGUGUAAUGCUCCGGUGCCUCCUCAGGUGGACAGAAAGUGCUGCAACACAGAUCUCUGCAACUGAUGUGCUCCAUCAGCCAAAUAUAUCUUACAAUGGUCUGCUUUUAUCUCAUUCUACUUAAAAUGUUCAAAACAGCUAUCAUAGUUAUUAACUGAUUCUGAUUUAAUACAUGUAAAUGUAAGUAGAGAAUACUAUAAAGAAAUAAAAGAA